CUGUCACUGGGGUCGUUUUGGAAUUUCCCUGCGUCCUAGAGUUCAACCACAUGCUGAUUUGGGUAACUUCAGUAUUGCAUAACUUGGAGAGAAACAUUAUCUUAAAACACUCCACGUCUUACCUCUGUAUAAAUUGAAGGUGUUUUCAGCUCAUUGACAACCAAGGCUUCCUUCUUGCUAAGACUUACUUCUCUGAAGGCUCAGUUUACCUUGAUCUACACGAUGUGUGUCCUCUACUUGGCCCCUCUACUUGCUCUGUUGUCAGUGGGAACAGCAGCACCGGCACCAGAGGAUUGUGGACAUCUGGUGAAACUGCUCGCACCGGAAGACCAACAUACUAUCUUUGGUAAGUGGAUCUUCAUCGAGGGUUUCUCGGACCAUGAGCUGUUCAAUGCAAUACUGAGAAAGACCAACAGCACAUGGAUUGAAAUCUUCACACAAUGAGACGGUCCUUUUGAACCAGGGAAACUUGAUGUAAGUGAUAGUAACUCUCUACAGCCUUGUCUCUAUCCACUUGUGUCAUGUAUCGUUAGACACAGUAGCUCUGCUAUGUGAAUAGACAUUCUACAGCUCUAAGAAAAGUAUCUUUCUAAUGAUCAUCUAAUUUCCUCUGCCAGUGAUGGAAAAUGCCUUAACUCCUCUGUCAACAUGAGCUUUUCCAAAAACAGUUUGCAAGUCACACAGAAUAAUGUGACUUCCACUGGACACUUCCUACAAACCUGCCCUGACUGUCUCAUCAUGCACUUCAGUAGCACUAUGGCCGGAGUGCAUGUCCGAUCUCUCUAUAUCUUUGGGAAGACCAGGACACUGCCGGAGUCAGAGUUGAAGCCGUUCCGGAAGCAAGCAGAAUGCCUCCAGUAUCCUCAGCCUGCACAGUAUUCCUACGAUGGAGUUACAGAGUUUUGCGCUGAGAAAAAGGAGAGCUCGCACGAUGUUGAGUCACAAGAUGAAAAGGAUGGUUCACAGUGAUAUGGCUACUGAUGAUGGAAUGGUUGCAUGAAUACAAUUAUUUGUACUCUAA